UGUACUAAAGUAUAUGGUGGCAGGUUCCUGGGCAACACGGAAUAUCUCAAAGAAAGAGGAAGAUGAGAUUGAAGCAUUUUUACUACAAGGCCUGUACGCUUUAAAUGGAAGCGAUAAAUUCGAAUUGACGGAUAGAAGAUGCGGAAACCUUGGCUACUAUCCAUGGAAGUCAAAAGACAAAAUGGCUGACUGGACCCGAGCAUUGUGUAACCCCAGGGGAGGUAACCCUUGUUGCUAUAACAACAAGUGUCAGAUGAAAACGGUUAAAGAAUGUGCUUGUAAGAACUGCCAUGACCUUCGACCACAGAUACAUGCUGAAUAUUCAAAAUGGAUUCCAAGAGAUUCCAGAUGUCAAGUGGAAAUCUUCACCCCCAAAGCUGCCUGUGACCUGCUCCAGGGAGGCACGUACCACUUCUAUGGGGAUUCCCUUGUCAGAAUGGUGUUCCUAGCCCUCAUCAUCAUACUAAAGGGAGAUAAUCAAUAUGGCGGACUUCGACCAGAUGCACCUGAGGAUGUUAAGAAGAAAUGUUCUGGAAUGUAUGUCUUUCCCACACGCAACUGUCGGAGAUUUCUUGACUACACCCCGACACUCUGCAAUGGGACAGUAACUGUGCUGUUCCGUCAUUAUCCACAGAGUUUGGACAUUCCUAAGAUGAAAAAGGACGUGGAACAGAUUGUGGGAAAACCAAAAUCUAUCAUCUUCUUCGGUGCUGGUGUAUGGCAACAAUUUAACAAAUUUGCAAUGACAAAACGAGUUGUACCUACAUCAGACAAUGAACACGCAGAAACCUUCAACGUGUAUAUGAAGGACUUCCUGGGAGCGUCCAGUGUCCCGUUUUUUGAUACCUUCAAUAUGACGAAAGGAGUGAGGAGUGUGGAUGGUGUGCACUAUGGUCCUGGGGUCAACUUUGUUAAAGCUCGGAUAUUUUUGCACUACAUGCUGGAGCUAAAGCGCCAAGGAAAGUGGUAA